GCCGAGAAAAUUUUUUCAUUUUUUCAUUUUUCAUUCAUUUUUUUGUAUGAAAAAACGUGCCAACUAAAAAGCACAUACUCAAUAGUUAGCAUGGAAUCGAAGUUCAACCAAUGAGUUCAGAUUGUUCUGUUAUUUUGUUCUUUUGAUCAAAUAGCCAUUGCCCAAGAGAAAUGUAAUAAUAAUUUUCUUUACCUGUGUAUCUGGCCUGCAUAAUUGUGUUGCUUAAAAAUCAAAAUAUUACCCUGGUUUAUACAAGGAUUCAAUGGGUAAAUAUCUAAACAUUACACCUGCUAGUGUUUAUCCUGUUACAUAAGUAGCUUAAAAUAAAGGUACUAAAUAGUCCGUUACAUAAGAAAAUAGAAAAUCCUACCUCUUUUCUGUCUUAUAAAAACCCGCGCAAUUUAUGUUUGUGUCAAUACGAUUCGGGCAGUCGUUUCACUCGGUGUUGUUAUGCGUGCUCUGUACAGUUAUAAAUUUUGUGCAAUACUGUUAUAAUACAAGUGCAGAAUAAUACAAGUGUAUAUUUUAAAUAUUCAACGUGCCGUGAAUUUCACUCAAUCACGACAAUGUCGGCCAAAGACAAACGCAAGUCAGGAUCCAUGUAUAGAUCCAUAGAAGCCAAUAAUAAAAAGCUUGAUGCUGAAUUGUUUGGAGAGAGUAGUGAAGCUGGGCCAAGUAAUAUUCAGACAGCUACGUCAAAUGUAGAGUUCAGUGAACACCCGAAUUGUGAGAACCAUCCUUGUCCAUUUGAUGAAUACAUCUUGCAAGAAGAAUACGUCAGUGAUUGGGUUACUAUCGAUGCAUUCGACGAUACGGAAGUAUAUGAAGAGGUCAACGAAGAUUACGAUGAAGCCGAGGAAACUAUGCACAGCACACAAGAGUCUCAACACGAGGAGGAACCAUUUGAUGAGCUUAUUCGAAAUUGGGCAUUAAAAACAUAUCAAACACAUCAAGCUCUAAAUGGACUAUUAGAAAUUUUACGUAAAAAAACUAACUACCAGCUGCCGAAAGAUGCGCGCACGUUGCUUAAGACAAGGCAAUGUGGAAAAGAAACGUACCCUAUAGCAGGGGGAGAAUUUUGGUUCCCUGGGGUACGAUCGGUUCUCAAGGAUCACUUUCGCGAUGUGCCACCAAGAGUCAGCAAAUUUUCGUUGAACUUUUCGAUUGAUGGACUUCCACUGCACAAGAGCACUCGAAAACAGUUUUGGCCCAUAUCAAUGAGCAUUCAAGAAAUGCUGGAAGUUCCAGUAUUGAUGGUUGGCAACUUUUUUGGUGAAUCGAAACCAAAGAGUGUUGAGGAAUAUCUGCGCCCGCUUGUCGACGAGCUAAAUGGGUUGAUGGAUAAUGGCAUUGUAAUAGCCAAUAAGCCAAUCGAAAUACACGUAAGAGCUUUCAUCGCGGACUCACCAGCACGAGCAUUCAUAAAAGGUUCAGUUUACUUCAACCACACACAUGGUUGCCAAAAAUGUACGGUACAAGGAAAAUAUCAAAGCGCACACCGAGUUACAUGUUUCCCGGGAAUGGAUCAUCCAGCAAGAACGCAUGAAGAUUUCGUCCAAUCAAAUUACGGAGCACAUCAUCGGGAAAAAACGCCUCUCAUGGAUCUUAAGAACUUUGACAUCAUAAAGCAGAUUAUUAUAGCAGAUCGUUUGCACCUCUUUGACUACGGCGUAACAAGAACAAUGCUGAAAGGAUGGAAAUCAGGCAAAUUAGGAGGGGGUGCCAAGUGGUCUGAAGAAACAAUAAGCAAGAUUGAUGCUUUGCUGAAGGAGGUGGAACUUCCUUUAGAGUUUCAUCGCAAACUCCGUUCUGUUGAAGACAUUGGAUUGUGGAAAGCUAGUGAGUUCCAAAUGUUUCUGCAUUAUCUUCUUAUCCCUUUGAAAGUAAGCUCCAGCAUGUCAAGAACUGUCUUCGAAACGGUCAUAAGGUUUUGGUGCAGGCUGCAAAUAGGAUAUCGGAGCAAAACCCACAUACUGCGUCAUCAAGUACAGCAAAUCUCUCUUUUCCAUUUUUGAAAACCAAAACUAAUGGAGUAGCAUUGCACAUUAAUCGACAAUUAAUUCUUUCUCCUGGUAUUCAGUCCAAUUGGUUUUUGACUCAUGAUAACUACAUAGUUAAAUAUUGUAGCGCAGAACAAAAAGAUUCAACUAUAAUAAUUAAUGGGAGAGCAUUCAAUUAUAUAACGGAAACCCACUCGUACUAUAUUUCACCUUUUAUGAAGGAUAUAUAUGAAGAAAAUAUAAGUAACCUUCGUACCGAUGAAAUGGUAUUUUUACCCUGGAAUAUAAAGUGUAAAUUAGUAGCUAAUAAAACUACUGAUAACUGCUUAGUGUUAGUACCCUUUCUCAGGACGUUAACCGAAUAAAACAUAACAAUAUAUAUACAUAUAUACAUAUAUAUAUAUAUAAAGGUAUAACAUGUAACUAAUCUUUGUAUUAUUAUUAUAUUAUUGCAGAUCACAGUCCGUUGCACAAAUUUUGUUUGUUGUUUGUAUACGGUUUACUUAUACAAAAUAAAUAAAAAUCCAAUGAAAUGCAUGCACUUCCUUAUACAUCACAGAUAGUUUUUGAAAUACUUCCUGACAGUUUUUUCUAACAAAAUGUUUGUAUUUAUGUUACAAACUUACAGCCACAAAAUUACUUUUAAAGCGUAGCAACCGCAUCAUAAUCUCUUAAUUUUACAGAUGUUAGUAUCAU